AUGCUGACUCGCUUUCUGCUAUAUUUUGUGGCUCUUCUAACAGUGGUCAAAUUAACAUCUUCAACACCCUCGCUUCACGUAGAGCCGCGUGAAAUUUCACUUACUAUUGGCGAAGACACUGCUGUUCGAUUUUACACCACGGAUGAAUUGCGGACAGCUGUUGAAAUCGCAUUGCAGCGAUCGAGUUUGUUCGACGUCACACCGUAUAUUUUCCAACUGGACAAUAUUACUCAAUCAGUUAAAUUAGUUGUCACGGGUUUGAAGAUAACAAGUUAUGCAGUAUUGGCAGUUGAAAAGUGUACUUACGUGAAUGAAACAUCAGAGUGCCCGUUCACAAAUUUGGAUUUUGCGUUUGCCUCAGUGAAAGUGGUCCACAGUAGAGCACUUUCAAUUGCCGUGAUUGUUGUUGGUUGGAUAUAUUUCGUUGCUUGGAGUAUUUCAUUCUAUCCACAAAUUUAUCUCAAUUUUAAAAGAAAAAGAGUGUUUUGGAUUUUUCAGGAGAUAUACGAAAAAACAUAUCCUCAUAGCUUAAUCCCAGUGCUAAUGAAUGAUGUUGUUUUCGCCGCACAUGCUCUUCUUGCUUGCCUCUUCACUGCUCUACAGUGCUUCAUUUAUAAACGUGGCAAUCAGCGUGUUUCCUAUACUUGCUGGGGUCUCUCCUCACUGUUUGGAUUGGUUGCCGUAAUAGCUCUUGCACUUACAUUAUUUAAUGUCAUAAAUGGUCUGCAUUUCAUUAUGACCCUAUCCUAUAUCAAAAUGGCAGUCACUCUGUGUAAAUAUUUCCCUCAGGCCUAUAUGAAUUUUCGACGGAAAAGUACGGUUGGCUGGUCAAUAGGGAAUGUUUUAUUGGAUUUCUUAGGCGGAUGUAUGGAUAUUGUCCAAAUGAUUUUGCAAGGAGCAAAUACAGGUUAG